AUGGAAAGCCCCAGCAAGAAACUUAUACCCAAAGGAUCUGUCACUUUUCGGGUUCACUUCCGUCCUGGUCACUCCUAUGAUCUUCACGGUGGGGCACCUUCAUUCAAAACCAAUUUCACUUCAGAUCUUACUACUCCCGAGAGAGCCAGUGAUCAUCCCCCCAAAAAAGGUUCCAUUUCUAGUCUCUUUCAAUCUUUAAAUGCCAGAAGUCAUAAGGAUUCUUCUAAGACUUUCGACGUCGAGCAGAAGCAGCAGUGUGUUGAACGACAUCAACCCAACAAGGCUAACAGAAACAUUAGAGGAAAGGAGAAAGCAACAAGCUUUUCUGUGUAUCAUUAA